UGGCCUUGACCAAGGGCGAGUGCUCUCUGUGUUGACUGUGAAUACGUGCGAGAAUGAGAACAAAAGGCGUCCGACAGUCGCAACGCACGGAGCUCGAUCGCUGCUUUGAUAUCUGCCCAAAAUCCCCAUCACCACCACGGAAUGGAGAACGAAUAGGGCGAGACGAACGAGCAAUAGUACCGAUGCCGGUACGCAAUAUCAUGGCGUGUUUGCAAUGCGUAGCGGUAGUGACGGUACUGUUCUUCGGUGAAGAGGGAGGACGAUCGUCCAUGCUGUCCGUAGCGGCAUUCUCCACGAGACCACCCGUCUCCAAGCCGCUCACCACACGCUCGUCUUCACAACGACUUCACCUUCACUGGGAAAUCUCACUACCCCUUGUCGUCUACAACGGCAACGAGAAUUCAAUGAACGACAGCAACCACGAUAAUCUUUCCCAGCACCUUUGUCGAGCAUUCAACGAGAUUGUGGAAUCGACGGAAUUCUUUGAGGUUGCAAGUACACUGGAUGAAAACAACGUCGACACAGUGGACAAUUCUAGCAAAAAGAGCACGGUGAAGAAGAUACAAUCGUCCCACAGUCACGACGGUGCCAGUGUCGGGUCCUGUAGGAUCCCACUCUUUGGUUCGCAAGUGACGGUACAGAUGCAGUUAAACUUGCAGUCGUCUGGCGUGGAAAGUCCACAACAGCCGCGUUCACCAAAACCGACUCGUACGGUAACCCUGUCCAUUGAUAAUUGCAGUGACAACACGGAAAUCUCCUGGAUAUGUACCAAGUUCUACGAAUCUAGAGCAAGCCUGCAGGGUAUUUUGGAUCUUUCUGUUUUGCAUCCUUUCGUCGUAGCUCCUCCAUCAUUCUCCAUGGCAACCACCACCUCCAAGCUAGAUCCCGGCGUACCCGCUGCCAGUGCACCCCUUGCCGGGUCUACCCGCACUGCCGCUAUUCUAAAAAGUUCACCAACCGAACAUGACAUCGACUCGCAUCAGAAUAGUAUAAUGGCACGGUUACAACGACACGGAUACGUCGUUGUGGACGCUCCCGAACUUCCCCGCACAAAUCUAGUUCAACACGCAGCACUCACUGACUUUCUCACAGAAAAGACAGGACAAGGGGACAGCAUACGAACAGACACGGUACACUAUUUGACGCGCACCGAGGCUGCCGCAUGUGGGUUGACCGAUCAUUUUGACGUUCUCACAAGUCUCGCGUCUUAUUUGAACGAGAACUACGAAAUAGAAGAAUCGCCUUACAAACCAUUGCCACCUGCCACCGAAGAUUCCCCAUUGACCAAUCCUGAACGUAUCCAAUUGGCGGAAUACGAAAACAGCGGUUUCUAUACUGCUCAUAGUGACAAUCCGAUUGUCCAAGAUUCUGGUGGAAGUGGUUUAGUUCGGGAAAACUUCCGUCGCUUCACCGCUAUAUUGUACAUGAAUGAGGGCUGGACUAAAGGUGAUGGUGGUGCUGUGCGACUGUAUCUACGUUCUCAGGCUCUACAAUAUGUUCAGGAGGUAUACAGUGAGAGUGAAGAACCACGUUGGCACGUGGUCGAUGUCCUGCCAAGCAACGGACGAUUGUUGCUUUUUGAUUCGCGAUUGGUGCACUCCGUCGAACCGGUCCUGUCGGAGCAAAAGCGACGAGCGCUCACCUUGUGGAUAAAGCGACCGAUAGAGGGCGGUGUUUGA